GACAGCCUGUCUUAAAUGUUAUUAGCACUGUUGUGCAGUUAUUCCUUGCAUUCAAUCUAGGCAAUAUUUUAGCCUAUGCGUCAAACUAUGGCCAAAAUCUAAAACUCGCGUGAACUUAAUUUCACUAACUUACUAAAUAAUCGACGGACUUAAUUUUGUAUACAUUAACAUCGACUAACAGGUGGCUAGUCGUUGCAUGUUUGUACCAAUCUCCUCCCUGUUGUCUCGGUAGACUGUCCAUUCUACUCCCUCUUUUGAAAAGGGGUUCGUCUCUUCUACAUAAUCGACGUGCAGUGCUACGUACCGACGUAAACACGUGUGGGUCCCUGGUUACAGGUUUCUGCUCAUUAUCCCUUCUCCACCAUCCCUCUUGCUCUUUCGCAUCAUUCCCCGACAACAGCAGCGAUGGCGGAACCCGUGGCAUCGGCGGCUAAAGACGCAGCAUCCCCAUCCCCGACUCCAGCCUUUUCCCCGGCAGCUAGCCCAGGAUCUGAGCCUCCUUCAAUGGCGCUCUCUCCUUCAGCAGGAGGUUCUGAACGACUCCUUUUCACCCACGACCUAGUCUCAGGUCGGCAUCGUGGGUCGCUGCGAUUUGGCCUUGUGGUAAUGAUACAUGGCGAGGAUGAUUUUGACUCCGAUUCAGACAUAGAUGUGGACAUAGCCGACGAUGGCGGAGGUAAAGGAGGUGGUGGCUGUGGGCUAUGUGGUGGCCCCGGUAACGCUGAUACAGAGAACGGUGCUGCGGACUCGCGGACACGGCUUCUGGGAAGAGGUUUCGUACGGGUGCAGUGGUAUCCAAAUGGAGUAAAGCAAGACGUUCAUGAAACCAAGCUCAAACUUGAAGAUCGAUCCAUCGUGCCUAGGGACUUUGUACGACGCUUGAAUUCCAAUGAUAAACAGUGUGGCAUAGUGACCAACAUUAACAUUGAGUGUGCAGUGAAACUAGUUGGAACCAACUGCGUCCUGUAUCCCGUCAGUAGUCGAGACUUGCAACACAUAUGGACGUUCAUGUAUGGGGACUACAUAGUCUAUGACUUCUGGUUGGGGAAAGUCUAUGACUUGAGCAAUAACAUUAUCUUGAAGCUUUCCAACGGGGCAAGGUGUUCGAUGAGUGAGGAAGAUGGGUCCAAACUCUAUGACGUUUGUCCUCACGUCAGCGACAACGGGCUCUUCUUCGACGAGGCGUACGGGUUCUACCCAGGCCAAGUUUUGAUUGGUCCGUCGAAGGUUUUUGCUAACGUGCAGUGGCUCUAUGGUGUUAAGCCCGUGUUGAGCAAGAAGACCAAGUUCCGGGUGGUAGUGGAGGAGGUGCAGGUGGACGCCACCCGCAUCACCUGCGAGGGCCAGAGGGGACGCCAGUGCACCCAGAAGACCCCGUCUGCAGGAGGUGCGUAUGUGAGGCCCUUCUGGGGGGCCCAAGUUGUCUUGAGCGACCCGACGGGGUCACGGACAAGGAGGUGGGAGGCCGGGGAGGAUGGCCAGCUGGGGGACCUGGACACGGACGGCGAGGCGGACGACACGGACGACACGAGCUCCAUCACGUCCUCGGCCAGCUCCACGGCCUCGCUGCAGAGCAUGGGCGGCAUGCCCCCCAACCGCAAGAAGAGCAUCCCGCUGUCCAUCCGCAACCUCAAGAGGAAGCACAAGAAGAAGAGGACCAAGUUCUCCCGCGAGUUCAAGCAAGGUGAUAGGGUGGCGGUGGAGGUCGUCUCCACGGUGACCUCGUCUGACGUCAUGUGGAAGGACGGCCGGCUGGAGGCGGGCAUCCGUUCCAAUGACCUCAUCCCCAUCCAGCACCUGGACAACCAUGAGUUCUGCCCAGGGGACUACGUCGUGGACAAGCGCUCUUCUGCUUCUCAGGACCCAGGGCUCUAUGGGGUCAUCCAGUCAGGUGAUCAUAAGGGCAGGACGUGUGGCGUCAAGUGGAUCAAACUCAACGCUGCGGGCGAUGACGUAGAGGUGAUUGGUGAAGAGGAGGAUGUCAGUGUUUAUGACAUCGCUGAUCAUCCAGACUUCCAUUUCCGCACCACGGAUAUUGUCAUCAGAAUAGUCAACCCUGACCAAGAGGACUGCGAAAAUGAUAGUACGUCAGUGGGUCACGUGUCGAGAGUGGACGUCAGCAGUAAGGUGGAGGUGGUUUGGGCUGACAACUCCAAAACUAUCGUACUGCCACAGCACUUGUAUAACGUGGAAUCGGAGGUGGAGGAGACGGACUACACCUCAGUGGAGGGCAGCAGCAGCGGCGCCUCCUCAGAGGAGUGGGAGGACGAGAGCGACAGCUGGGAGACCGUGGAGGAGGAGCAUAAGGAAGACCCGGCCCUCACUCCCACGGCCGCCGCCGCUCUCCCCGAAACCAUGCCCCUGACGCCGGUCAGCGGGGACGCCCCAGGGGCCAUCGCCGCCACCGCGACCCCCGACCCGUCGGCCUCUACCACGCCGGCCGCGGAGGAGAAGUCUGGGAAGGAGGGCACGGCCCGGGGCUUGAGAGAGCUGAAGGAGGCCCUGAAGAUCCUGGAGAGCCUGAAGAACAUGACCGUGGAGCAGCUGUGGACCGGCUCACCCACCUCCCCGACCUCGGCGGAGCCCUCAGCCACCACGACGACCGCCUCUGCCGCCGCCACCACGCCGGUGUCCGAGGGCACCAAGCCCACCAAGGAGAAGCGUUUCCUCGACGACAUCAAGAAGCUGCAGGAGAACCUGAAGAAGACGUUGGACGUCUGCGCCAUCGUGGAGGAGGCUCGAAAAGAGGGCGCCGUCGAGGAGGAGAGGCCCGCCGCGACGACGACCGCCACCACCCAGCCGCAGGCGGAGCCGCAGACGCCCGUGCGCUCGGAGUGGCCCAGUGACACGCCGGUGCUGUGCCAGCAGAGUGGCGGCAAGCCUGGCGUCACCUUCACCAGUGCCAAGGGAGAGGUGUUCUCCGUGCUGGACGAGGCACCAGAGAGUCACACUUUUAAGAUAAUGGAGUUCCAGCCGGCCGAGGCCAAGAAGUUCUUCAGCACCGUGAGGAAGGAGAUGGCUCUGCUGGCCACCUCCCUGCCUGAUGGCAUCAUGGUCAAGACCUUCGAGGACCGCAUGGACCUGUUCGCUGCUCUGAUCAAGGGCCCCACACGCACACCCUACGAGGACGGUCUCUUCCUGUUCGACAUUCAGCUCCCCAACAUCUACCCGGCAGUGCCCCCCCUUUUUCGCUACCUGUCCCAGUGCAGUGGCCGUCUAAAUCCCAAUCUCUAUGACAACGGCAAGGUCUGCGUCAGCCUGCUGGGCACCUGGAUUGGCAAGGGCACGGAGAGAUGGACCAGCAAGUCUAGUCUGCUACAAGUGCUCAUCUCCAUCCAAGGUCUGAUCCUGGUUAAUGAACCUUACUACAACGAGGCUGGCUUCGACAGUGACAGGGGCCUGCAGGAAGGCUACGAGAACAGCCGCUGCUACAACGAGAUGGCGCUGAUCAAGAUGGUGCAGUCCAUGAGCACCAUGCUGCAGCACCCCGUGGAAGUCUUCCAGCAGGAGAUCCAGGAGCACUUCAGCUCCUGCGGCUGGCGCCUGGUGCACCGGAUCGAGUCCUGGCUGGAGCUGGACGGGGCCGUGGUGGAGCGCGGAGGCAAAGGGGCCGGAGGAGGAGGAGGAGGAGGAGGAGGAGGAGGGGCGGGAGGUGGAGGAGGAGGAGGAGGCGGCUUCCGGGACCGAGAGCCGCUGGAGGAGAUCCCCCAUGCACUGGCCCACAGCAGCCCCAGCAAGCAGGACCUGAAGGAAGAGGAUUUGGAGGACUCGGGCCUCAGCCCCUCAAACUACCACGGACCUGGGGGCUCGUCCGGGAGCACUUCCGCCCUGCAGCAGGACCUUAGCCAGAGCUCGGACGGUGAGGUCUUGGUGACCGGGAGCGCCAGUGGUGGGGCAGGUGAUGGGGUGGUGUUGACGCAGGGUUCGGGCGGUGCGUCGCAAGCCAGCGGCAAGGCAUCCCAGGAGUCUCAGCCCACGGUCAGACCAAAGAAGCGAAGAAAGAGCUACCGCAGCUUCCUUCCUGAGCGCAGUGGCUACCCGGACAUCGGCUUCCCACUAUUCCCCCUCUCCAAGGGCUUUGUGAAGAGCAUGUGUGGGGUGUUGCUGCAGUAUCGAGCCACCCUCAUCGCUGCUGGCAUCUGCGAGCACAGAGAGGACAAAUAAGACACUCAUUUCUCCCCCCUCUCGUCACCCCCCCCCCCCCCCCCCCCACCAUCACUUCUAAUGGCGCUACUCAAAAAAUUGUUCCCCCUCUCCCCUGCCUGCAAAGAGCUGCACUGUGCGCCCUCUCCUGCUCUCUUUCCUAUUCCCGCCAGCUGCAUUCUCUCUCUCUCUCUCUCUCUCUCUCUCUCUCUCUCUCUCUCUCUCUCUCUCUCUCUCUCGGCCCCCUUGUGCUACAGAAGCAAUGUGUCCCAGCAGCCAACUGCCUUUACCUGUGACUUGAAGAGGCCCUCGCCUUCUUGUCUUUGUACUGAAAUGCCUAAUUAGAGCCCCCCGCCCCCCUUCCCCACAAGCUUUGUUUGUAACUAUUCUGAGUCCCUUGAGCAUCUCGGACAUAAGCUAAGGGGGACUAC